GAGGCUCCUCCGCAGUGAGGUGCUCCUCAUACAUCCUCCACAUCCACCACAGAGAGCAGAGCAGGACUAAGGUGCAGGAGAAAUACAUCAUCAGUAGAACCUUAAUCCAACUCAUCGCAGCAUCAUGGCGCCAAUCGGAUUGAAGGCGGUGGUCGGCGAAAAGAUUAUGAAUGACGUCAUCAAGAAGGUCAAGAAGAAGGGGGAGUGGAAGGCUCUGAUUGUGGACCAGCUGAGUAUGAGGAUGCUGUCAUCCUGCUGUAAAAUGACUGACAUCAUGACAGAAGGAAUCACCAUUGUGGAGGACAUAAACAAGCGACGAGAGCCACUCCCCACCCUGGAGGCCAUCUAUCUCAUAACCCCCACAGAGAAGUCCGUGCACACUCUGAUUGGAGACUUCAAAGACCCCCACUCAGCUAAAUACAAAGCGGCCCACGUCUUCUUCACAGACUCCUGCCCUGACCCCCUCUUCAACGAGCUGGUGAAGAGCCGUGCUUCCAAAACCAUCAAGACCCUGACCGAGAUCAACAUCGCCUUCCUGCCCUAUGAGUCACAGGUGUACUCUCUGGACAACCCCGAUGCGUUCCAGAGUUUCUACAGCCCCCACAAGACCCAGCUGAAGAACGGGAACGGGGUGAUGGAGCGCCUAGCAGAACAGCUAGCCACGCUAUGCGCCACCCUGAAGGAGUACCCGGCUGUCCGGUACCGAGGGGAGUACAAGGACAAUGCCACCCUGGCCCAGCUGGUGCAGGACAAACUGGACGCCUACAAGGCUGACGACCCCACCAUGGGCGAGGGUCCUGAUAAGGCCCGCUCCCAGCUCAUCAUCCUGGACAGGGCCUUCGACCCAGUGUCCCCCGUCCUCCACGAGCUCACCUUCCAGGCCAUGGGCUACGACCUGCUGCCCAUCGAGAACGACGUCUACAAGUACGACACCAGCGGUAUGGGAGACUCCCGCGAGAAGGAGGUUCUGCUGCACGAGGACGACGACCUCUGGGUGGGCCUGAGACACAAACACAUAGCCGAAGUGUCCCAGGAGGUGACACGACAGCUGAAGGAGUUCUCCGCCAGCAAGAGGAUGAACACGGGAGAGAAGACCACGAUGAGGGACCUCUCUCAGAUGUUGAAGAAGAUGCCCCAGUACCAGAAGGAGCUCAGCAAGUACUCCACCCAUUUGCAGCUGGCUGAGGACUGCAUGAAGCACUACCAGGGCACAGUGGAUAAGCUCUGUCGCGUGGAACAGGACCUGGCCAUGGGCACCGACGCCGAGGGAGAGAAGAUCAAGGACCCCAUGAGGGCCAUCGUCCCCAUCCUGCUGGACGCCAACGUCACCACGUACGACAAGAUCCGCAUCAUCCUGCUCUACAUCUUCCUCAAGAACGGCAUCACGGAGGAGAACCUGAACAAGCUGAUCCAGCACGCCCAGAUCCCCCCUGAGGACAGUGAGAUCAUCACCAACAUGGCCAACCUGGGGGUCCCCAUCAUCACAGAUUCCACCCUCCGCAGGGGGAAGAAGCUGGACCGCAAGGAGCGCGUCAGCGAGCAGACCUACCAGCUGUCCCGCUGGACCCCCCUGGUCAAGGACAUCAUGGAGGACGCCAUUGAAGACAAGCUGGACACCAAGCACUACCCCUACAUCUCCACCCGCUCCUCCGCCUCCUUCAGCACCACCGCAGUCAGCGCCCGGUACGGCCACUGGCACAAGAACAAGACCCCCGGGGAGUACCGCACCGGCCCCCGCGUCAUGGUGUUCAUCAUCGGAGGGGCGUCCUUCAGCGAGAUGCGCUGCGCCUACGAGGUCACGCAGGCCAACGGGAAGUGGGAGGCCAUCAUCGGUGCCACCCACACGCUCACCCCCACCAAAUUCUUAUCGGACCUGAAGCACCCCGACUUCCGAGAGUCCACUAGGGUCUCGUUUGAGGAACCAGACCCCUCAGAAGAGUGAGGCAGAGGGAGAGAGGGGGAGAGAGGCAGGGGAGACAGAGAAUUCACACUGAGAACAAAGAUCGACUCACAUCUUCACCCCCACAAGUCUCCUGGAACAGCUCAAGGCCAUGAACAAGCCAGACGAGGAGGUGGCAAGUUAGAAUCUCCUCCCCAAGACCCCUUCUCAAACCCUCCAUCAGUCCACGCCCCCCCCCCCCCCCCCCCACCCUUGGCCUCACCACCCAGGCUUCCCCAAACCCUGCAUUAAAUGUUUAUGCAUCUUGCUUGAGAUAAAGUAAAAGACAAAAGCGACUAAAAAAAAGACACCUUCGAUUAAAAAAAAUCUAUCUAAAUAUCUAUGUUGUAACAAAUAAUACAGAAAUCAUUGCAAGUAUUUACAUGUUUUACAAUGGCUGCAAGGAAAUACACUUCUUCUUCAAAAACGGUUUAAAGAUCAACACAAGGCCAUUUCAAGAUGGAGCGUACCAAAUGUAAUAGUGUAUGUUAUGAAACCUGCUCGGGUGUGUAAACGUAGAGAUUCCUCGGUUUGUUUUUCUUCUUUGGUGUUCAUUUGGUUACAAAAGGGGAACGGGUGGAGGAGGGAUGUGGAUGUAGUGAAAUCAUAUCAUUCAACACGCAAUAUAAAGAGGGACCGGAUGAAAAGAGGACCAUAUUGAUGAUGUUUGUGUCGGUAGCAUGCUUGGACUAUGUGUGGACAGUUUUUUCGUGUACGUAUUCGGUGUGGAUGUUUCCCCGGAGAGCAGAGGAAUUUAAACAAAAUGUUUUACGAGAUCUUCUAUGCUUAUUAUCUUGGCCAAAUUAGUCAUCUGUGACAAAGCUUUUGACCGAUAGAAUAAUUAUUCGGCUGAAAGACGGGAAGUAUUUUUUUUUGUCGCAACCUUAUUCCCCUCCUUAUUUUAUAUUCCUGGAGAAACGUUCAGGUUUUAGUGUCAAAAAAGCCCAUUGCUUGCAGAUAUUUAAAGAAUAAUCUAAAUGGGCCAAUUGUAUUUCAGUAUUGUAUUCUGUCCUCUCAUUGGUUAAUAACGGGGCCAUGAUUAGUGUUGUUGCUGUGUUAGCGUCUCACUGUAGCGUCUGCCUGGUGAUAUUUCCAACUGUGAACUAGUGAACCUUUUCCUUUUUAAAAUGCCAAUGUGAAUACACUGUUCGUCGUGAUGUUUUAGCUGUAGCUCUUUAAUGGACCACCGGGGAAAAUAAGUAAUAUCUAUAUUUUCUUUCCCCCCCCCCCCCCCCCCCUCUCUUCCUCUAUAGUGUAAUGUAAAACCCUCCACUGGUGAAUGGCUUUGCAAAGACCUAAAAUCCCACAUUUAAGUUUGUAUGUCAUUCUGUCGUUCCUCUGACUUCUCCCUCCGUUUCUGGCCAAAAGUUGUAUCUUGCACUACGGGUUUUCUGUGACGCAAACGCUUGUGUGUUUUAAAUCCCUCUCACAUUUUUUUUGCUGUUGUAUAGGGUUUACUGUCGAUCCAAUUAAUUUAUAUAAAUUAUUUAUCAAGAAAAAAUAAAACAGAUAGUGACAUUAAAACAUUAGUCAGUCUCAGACCUGUUUAACUUAUUGGGGUCCAUGUUUGCCAGUGUUGAAGCACAAACAAUACUUCCAUGUGUUCCUAUCCUACCAAGGCUGUCGAAUAAAUUGGCUUCCACAGUU